AUGAAUCAAAAACAAUUAAUGUUGGAAUGGAAACAAAUGUGUGAACAAUUGGGGAAAGAUCCCUUGAAUAAGGAGCUGAUCCAAAAGAUGAAAAAAACACAGAUGAAAUUACAAACUGCAACACGAUCUUCUGAGAAUGAAUCAUCUAAUGAUCGUACAGAAAAAAGGAAAAAUGAAAAUUUUCAUAAAGGUUUAAAUGAAGAUUUAAGUGAAGAUUCAGAUGAAAGUCCAAAUGAAGUUUUUACUGAACGUUCAAGUCAGGAAUCAAAUGAUGGUCUUAAUGAUAGUCUACAUGAACAUAAUGAAGAACAAAUAACAAAUUCUGAACAACGUCCAUCAGUACUUGUUAUGAAUCCUUUUGGGAAACUGCUAAGCAAAAAAAUAUGCAUUACGGUCGACACUAUUGCAGUUACCGUCAUGUCUGGUAUGAUUUUGGCUUAUCUAAACAAACAAGCUUCGGGUUUAAUGACAUUAAUCGUAUCUUUUUUAUGUAUUGUUGUUAUUAUUGCAUUUUCCAUUUGUCUAUAUAUAAUUGGCAAAGCAUAUUAA